GGGACUGCUCGGUAACACCGGGACCGGCGUGACCGAGGAGCGCAGCGCCCCCUGCCGGUGGACCGGAGCAGGGAGGAAGUUCCGUUUGCGGAGUGAACAGAACCAGACCAGAGCUUCAGAACAUAAAAGAACCUCGGGGACACUUUUCUGGGCCACUGAGGUUCUGAUGGGUUCUGCUGGGUUCUGCUCAGCGGCGGCCCAGGGCCCAGUUCCGGGCCCGGUUCCCCGGCUGUUGACUGGCUGCGGUUCUGGGGGCGGUUCUGGGGCUGGGCGGGAUCAGCAGGUCCAUAAAACCAGGGACGGUUCCCGGAGGUUCUGCAGAGAACUCGGAGCUGUGCAGCAGAAACUGCGGGGUUGGUGCUUCCUGCUCAGUGAUUGGUUGCAGAAAAGAAGUGAAAAUGUCAUCAGUGAAGGUGGAGUCCGUGGUUAAGGAGCAUGCUGGGAUUGGUGAGGGGCCUCUGUGGGAGGAGUCGGAUCAGACGCUGCUCUUUGUCGACAUUUCUGGGCAGAAAAUCCACCGCUGGAGUGCAGCAACCAAUCAGGUCCACUCUCUGAAGACAGGUGACACGGUGGGGUUUGCAGUUCCUCGCAGGUCAGGUGGUUAUGUUGCAGGUGUUGGCCGUAGCAUCGUGGCUGUUGAUUGGACGACUCAGAAGGUGACAUCACUGGUCAACGUUGAAGAUGAUAAACCAGAAAACCGCCUGAAUGAUGGAAAAGUCGACCCAAUGGGCCGGCUGCUAGCAGGCUCAAUGAGGAAGGAUGCUCAGACUGCUCAGGUCAAACCAGGAUCUUUGUACAUGGUGAACUCUAACCUUUCUGUGACCAAACUGCUGAGCCAGGUGGACAUCUCUAAUGGGAUGGACUGGACUCAGGACCUGAAAACGUUUUUUUACAUCGACAGUUUGGCUCUGAGCGUCGACGCCUUCGAUUACGACUCGUCCACUGGACACCUGGCUAACCGGCGGGUGGUGUACCGCAUGGAGGAGGGGGAGGGGCUUCCUGACGGGAUGACGCUGGAUGCUGACGGCCGGCUGUGGGUGGCGUGUUACGACGGAGGACGAGUCGUCCACAUCGACCCUGCCACUGGUAAACGUCUGCAGACGGUCUCUCUGCCCGCCAUGAAGACCACUUCCUGUUGCUUUGGGGGCCCAGACUACUCUGAGCUGUUCGUCACCUCGGCCAGCCUGGGUCUGGACCCGUCACAGCUCCACCAGCAGCCUCAGGCCGGACACACCUUCAGGGUGACCGGGCUGGGGGUCAAAGGUCGACCGUCAAACUCGUUCGCUGGCUGACGUCCAGGAGUCUUCUGAUCUUCAACGGUUUAAUUAAUGAUCGCUGAUUGCAACUGAUUGCUGUUAAACUACGUCAAUGUUUUAGCACUGAUUACUGCAGAGUCAUCAGCCAAUCAGAAUCCAGGAUCAAAGUGACCGCUCACUGACUGGAUAAUCUGGCAGGCAGACUCGUCAGAUCUUCAAUAAACUGCAUCAAUAAAAAGUUUCUACUCUAAUCACUGCAGAACAUGAGCCAACUAGUCUGUACUAAUGAGGAAAAUAAAAGCAAGCUGAGCACUACUGCA